AUGUAUAGUCUGAUUGGGUCUGAAAUGAAAAUAUGUGCAAAUAGAGGGCCAAGAUUGAAACUUGAAAACAGUAAACAUCUUCACUUGUGAACAGCCCAGCUGGAAAAACAAACAAAGACAUCAAGAAAUCAAGAAAUUGAUUUGGGUUAAAGGUGGGAUCUUUCAGCAUUUUGACUCAUUUUUCAUGGAUUUGUUUCGUAUGCUGUGAUUUGUUUCUGGGUUGAUUAGCAAAAUGGAGGAGUCGUCGAAUAGUGAAGUUGAUUUUAUAUUGGAAUUUUUAAAAAGGAAUAAGUUCUCUAGGGCUGAAGCUGCUUUACGUAGUGAGCUCGGUAAGAAUCCUGAUUUGAAUGUUUUGUUUCAGAAACUUAGUACUAGUGAUAAAGAAUUUGAGACUGAGGGAGAAUUGUUGGAAAUUAAAAAUGGGCCUGCAAGUUCGCAGAGAAGUGUGGGAGUUUCUUGUGAUGAGCUUAUUGUUAAAGAAAUUGAGUAUGGGGCCACUAGAAAUGAAUCUAAUGAGAGUAGGUGGAAAGUUCCUGAAGAACUGAUUAGUAAUGGUGAUGAAUUUUCUAUUGGAAGAAGAGAAAAUAAUUCAGGCUUCUCUGGGAGUUCUGAGAAUAACGUGCUUGAUUCACAUGUGUGGAAGUUGAAUCAUAAAAAUAGUGUUGUGGUUGCUGAUUCUUUGCGUAAUGAAGGAGGUAGUAGUGUGAAGGCAAAACAGACUUCAAGAGAGGGAGACGGUAUCAAUAAUGAGAAAAGUUUUACUUCUUCAUGGCUUGGGAGUACCAGUACAUUCAGCAGUAAUACAAAAGAAAAAGAAAAUGGCUAUUCUAAAGGUGAUGAUUUUGUAGGAAAUCCUUGGUCUAGAAGUGAUGAGUCCACCUUAGACUCGGGCAAAGAAGUAUGGAAAGACUGUUCUGUUAAAACUGUGCUCCAGUUUCCAAAAGCAGAUAUUUCUACUAGUUAUGAUAGUUUAACUGCUGGUAUUGGAGAUGUAAAGGACGUGAAGAGAAAAUCAAAAGAGACAAAUUACGCUCGGGAUGCCAUAAAAGAGCAAGAAGAUGAGGUUGCAAGAGGUAUGUACUUUGGGAAAACACUGGAACCAAAAACUUUUGGUACCUUAGGAAUUAUUCCAUAUAUACCUUCUGAGAAUCAUAGGGAAGAGUUCCCAAGGUUGGCUCCUGUUAAGCUUAAGUCAGAGGAGAAGCCAUUAAAUAUAACAUGGGAAGAAAAGUUCGAGCGUGAUGUACCCAGUUCAAAGAUUAAUAAUGCCGACGCUUUUCUAAUUGGAUCAUUUUUAGAUGUUCCAAUUGGACAACAGACCAACUCUUCAGGUGGGAACAGGCCUGGAGGUGGCAAUUGGUUAUCUGUCAGCCAGGGCAUUUGUGAGGACACAUCUGAUCUUGUUUCUGGUUUUGCAACUAUUGGUGAUGGAUUAAGUGAAACUGUUGACUAUCAUAAUGAAUUUUGGGAUUCUGACGAAUAUGAUGAUGACGAUGAUGUUGGCUACAUGAGACAACCUAUAGAAGAUGAGACCUGGUUUCUGGCUCAUGAGAUUGACUACCCGAGUGAUAAUGAAAAGGGAGCAGGACAGGGGAGUGUUCCAGACCCUCAAGAAAGAUGUUCAAACAAAGAUGAGGAUGAUGAUCAGUCAUUUGCUGAGGGGGAUUCCUAUAUAGCUGGUGAAAAUCUUUUCCAGUCCAGAAAAGACAAUCCACUUGCAUCUUCAGAUGAUCCAAUAGGGCUCUCAGCAACAGAUAUGUACGGGAGGACUAAUGAAAGAAGAUUAACUGCUCAGUAUGAUGGACAGUUGAUUGAUAAGGAAGAGCUGAAUUUAAGGUGUAAUGAACCUGCAUGGCAAGGCUUUGUAGCUGAGACUAAUGAUCUUAUUAUGCUAGGGGACAGGAAAGUUAUAGACGAGUGUGAAAGGCCUCGGCCUGAUGAUAUUUUUAUGGAUGAUGAUCAACAUGAUUCAGUAAGAUCAAUUGGUGUUGGAAUUAAUAGUGAUGUAGCUGAUUUUGGCAGUGAGGUGCGGGAAAGUCUGCUUGGAGGUAGUAGUGAGGGUGAUAUGGAGUACUUUAACGAUCAAGAUGUUGGCGGGUCUAGAUAUUCUCAGCAGGAUCUGGAUAAUAGAUAUAAUGGCAGAUCUAAGAGUGAUAAAAGUAGAAUCAGUAAGCAUGACCCUCACAAGCCUGUAACACGACAUAGCAAAGGUGCUGGCUCAAAGUCAAAAGAUCUCAAAGAUUUGGCAUUUGCCUUCCCCCCACCAAGAAAUGGACCAAUUGUUCAGACAGUCUCUAGUAAAACUUUGUGGUCUAACAAAGGGAAUGCUGAUAAUAAUUUGAUUGGAAGUGAAGACAUGCUUUCUUCAUGGAAGCAAAGAAGCAGUGAUUCAUCACCUGUUAGAAGCUCAUGUGAUGAAGAUGAGGGUAAUGCAGUGGGAUCCACAAAUUCUUCCCCUUCAACAAACUCAAAGUACGGUUAUAUUGAGCGGACUCAUGUCAAAAAAGAGGAUGAAAGACUUCUAGAUGAAAGAUUAGAAGAUCCAGGCGCAUCCUUGGAGGAUGAAGAAGCAGCCGCCGUGCAAGAACAAGUAAAACAGAUAAAGGCCCAGGAAGAAGAAUUUGAAACCUUCAACCUAAAGAUCGUGCACAGGAAAAACAGAACCGGCUUUGAGGAAGAUAAAAAUUUCAAUGUUGUUAUAAAUUCAGUCCUAGCUGGGAGAUAUCAUGUCACAGAGUAUCUUGGGUCUGCUGCAUUUAGCAAAGCCAUUCAAGCACAUGAUCUCCACACUGGUAUGGAUGUCUGUGUAAAGAUUAUAAAGAACAAUAAGGAUUUUUUUGACCAAAGCCUUGAUGAGAUAAAGCUUCUCAAAUUUAUUAACAAGAAUGAUCCGGGCGACAAGUAUCAUAUACUGCGGUUGUAUGAUUACUUCUACUACCGUGAGCAUUUGUUGAUCGUAUGUGAACUUCUGAAGGCAAAUUUGUAUGAGUUUCACAAGUUUAAUAGGGAAUCUGGAGGGGAGGUUUACUUCACAAUGCCAAGAUUGCAGUCUAUCACUAUCCAGUGUUUGGAGGCCCUUCAGUUCUUACACGGCAUCGGUCUUAUACAUUGUGAUCUAAAGCCAGAGAACAUUUUGGUGAAAAGCUACAGUAGAUGUGAGGUGAAAGUUAUUGAUCUAGGAAGUAGUUGCUUUGAAACAGAUCAUCUUUGCUCCUAUGUUCAAUCUAGAUCCUACCGAGCCCCAGAGGUCAUUUUAGGACUACAGUAUGACAAAAAGAUUGAUAUCUGGUCCCUCGGAUGCAUAUUAGCAGAACUUUGUACAGGCAAUGUUCUCUUCCAAAAUGAUUCACCUGCAACAUUGCUUGCUCGGGUUAUUGGAAUUAUAGGACCAAUUGACCAAUACAUGCUUGCCAAAGGACGAGAAACAUACAAAUAUUUCACCAAGAACCACAUGCUCUAUGAACGCAAUCAGGAUUCCAACAGAUUGGAAUACUUGAUUCCCAAGAAGACAUCACUAAGACAUAGAUUACCAAUGGGGGACCAAGGUUUCAUUGAUUUUGUCAACCAUCUACUUGAAGUGAACCCGAAGAAGCGCCCUUCAGCAUCAGAAGCUCUAAAGCAUCCAUGGCUGUCAUACCCUUACGAACCAAUAUCUUCAUAACCCUGUGAGGAAAUUCAUCAGAGUCUAGCAGAAGGUACCCUGUUACUCAAAUUUAGCUUAGAUGCGAGAAAAGGAACUCCGGUUCUAAGCCGCAUUUAAGUUGGCUACAAAUUUGAAUUGGUCUUGCCGAGGCUUUAGCCGUUCCACUCCUCCACAAUGCUUAACAGGCCUUUGCAUUUGUUUGAUGUGAUGUUGUCUGACACUUCCUUCUUUACACACAGUUUUAUGUAAUUUUAUGGUACUACUCUGGAAUAUAAUCCUUCACAUUAGUUGUAUCAUUUAAGUCUUUCUCUUUUUUGCUUUGUCCUCAGUACUGGGAAAUUCGUCAAUCUUGUUGUAUAUUAUGUGUGAUUCUUCUUCUUGCAUUUCAUGAUAGCUGGAAUUUUAAGUGAA